UUGACUGGUCGCAGGUGGUUUCAAUCACUUCAUUCUCUUUGGACCAAUCAUGAAGUCACUGCAUGCUAUAUAGGCGGGGGGUUUGACAUCUUGACCCGUUACUCUUUGUUGCUGGAGGUACAUUCCGCUCUGGGUCCUCUCGCGUUCGCGGCGCGCUCACGGUUGUGCAACAGUGUCUCCCUGUCACCAACCCAGGCUUUCCUUUAAUGGAAUCGGGUUGAGCGGUGCCGCUGUUGCUGAGUGCCGAAGGUGGUGGUGUCGGUGUCCCAGGUGGUGGUGUCUCCCUCGCGUGUGCUGUGUUUUCCCCCGUUUGGUUUAAUUUGAGUUUUGCUUGCUGUAGUGUGUGUUUGUGUGUGCACGUGUGAUUGGGGUGAUCCUUCCCUGAGACCCCACACCCCGUUGGCCCUGUCCCUCCACCGGUAAGGCCUCAGUACCUAUUUUCCAUAUUUAGUAGGUCGGGUAUUUUAAAUGGUAUUUUAUAUUUGAUGUUUUAGUAAUUGUAGUAAAUAAAAUUAUUUUUAUAACGGAACUACGUCUCUGGCUUCACGCAUAAAUCGAACCUGUGUGCUUUCUGCAUUUAAAUUAAUUAUAGUACGAUCCCAUUCUCGGGGUGAAAUUCCCCGGGUGGCGUUGCCGGUGUCAUCGGUGUCGAGCGGGCCAAAAAGGCGCUCCACACCCACAGAGUUCCACUCGCCACAAUCUGGCGUUGCUGGCAGGAUAUGCACUUUUGAAAGCCAUAGACGUUUGUACCUGUUUUACUGUAUUUGGAUAGUGUAACUAUUGUAUUGUGGGUUACUGUGUUUAACCUUGUUUUCUUGUGUUUUAUUUAUUUUUGAGACAAAACAGCAGCUGGCUUCUUCCCACUUCUGUGGCUCUCGACGAAUUGCUGUUAAUUUCCUGUUCGGCCCCAUUGUAUCAGUAGGGCUUCGUUAUGGGCGAGGAGUUACAGGAGUUGAGAGAUUUAGUUGCACAGUUACGAGCGGAUAAUGAGAGGAUGCGCCAGGAGCAGAAUGUCAAUACUCCUGGUCCCAGUUCUGCGGCCCCUACGAUUCCCACAGUUAAUGCCCCCGUAACUGAGCGACUGAUUGUUGUACCUCGAGAUAGAAAAUGUCCCACGUUUCGGGGUAGAUCAGGUAUAGGGCUCACAGAGUGGCUUGAUGAGGUGCAGGCCUGCAUGAGGGCGCGCCAUCUGUCUGUUGCCGAUCAGGCCUUUUUCUUGUUUGACCAUUUGGAGGGGGAAGCACGCGAAGAAAUAAAGCAUCGGCCUAGUACAGAGCGAGGUGACCCAACCAAAAUUAUAGAGGCAUUACAGGAGUUGUAUGGUUGUUAUGAGUCAUACGUAGCCCUCCAGGAAGCUUUCUUUUCUAGACGGCAGCAGGACGGAGAGACACUGCAAGAGUUUUCCCUUGCCCUAAUGAGUCUUAUGGCAGCCGUGAAACAGAGUGCCCCUAAUGGCAUGCCAAAUUCUGAAGUAUUGUUGCGCGACCAGUUUGUAGAGCACGUGUUUGAAGGUGCUCUCCGCCGUGAGCUAAAACAGUUGGUGCGCCGGAAGCCUACUAUGGUUCUACUUGAGGUCAGGGGCGAGGCCAUCCGGUGGGAGCGUGAGGGUUUGCCUGGGGGUGCUAGGGGCCGAAGUCAUUCCGUCCCCUCCGCCUUGGGCAUGCAGUUUGGAGUACAGUGUGGUCCUCAGGGUUUGAAUACUUCGCAAGCGUCUGAUCUGAGUGAGAUGAGAGAAAUGUUGAAGCUGCAGCAAGAGCAGUUAAACCAGCUUACUCAAAGCAUUGCUCUCCUACAAAGCUCACAGCCACGCAAUCGUCCACCUUAUAAGGGCCCUGUUAUAUGUCGGCGUUGUCAGCAACCAGGUCACUUUGCUAGGGAGUGUGAGGGGAUACGUGCCCCACCUCACACUGAGCCUGUUCUGUCUGCUCACCAACAGUCAAGUAGGCAAUUGCGUCACCUUUCGGAAAACUAGCGCCCGCCGUAUUGCAGAGUCACAAUGCGGAGGGGGCAGCCACUGGCUCGGAGGUUAUCCCAAGUGUUUUGGAGGAAGUUCCUAAAUUGAUUUCCUCUUGUCCACAUCUGGACGUGACUAUGGGAGGGGUUGAUAUUCCGUGCUUGGUGGACACUGGAUCCAUG